CUGUCAUAAUUAUAUCCAUAAUUCAUUGAUGAACAACCAAACUCAUCCUCUGAAAUAACUUAUCCCAUUUCCUCUCUUUUUCAAGUCCAAUUGCCUCAGAUUAACUGCACAAAAUGGGGAUUUUUGGCAGGAGCCUUGUUGUUAUUAUUAUUCAUCUCUUUUCAAUAUUUACCUUACUUCAUGCUGCAACCAAUGAGACGGAUCGACUAGCUUUGCUCGAAUUCAAGGCUAAAAUUACUGACCCUCUUGGUGUCAUGACUUCAUGGAAUAGCUCACAUCAUUUUUGCCAAUGGUACGGCGUCGUAUGUGGGCGUAGACAUCACCAGAGAGUUACAGUGUUGUAUCUAUAUAGCCUUCAACUUUCGGGUUCGAUAUCACCACACAUAGGCAAUUUAAGCUUUCUAAGAGAGCUGUAUCUCUACAAUAACAGCUUAAGCUACGAGAUUCCUCCUCAAAUCGGCCUUUUGAGCAGACUGCAAGUAUUGUAUCUAUACAAUAACUCACUUAGCGGCGAAAUUCCUUCCAACUUAUCUGCUUGUUCUUAUCUCACUGAUUUACAUUUAUAUCACAACAAGCUGACAGGUGAAAUCCCUAGAGAGCUCACCUUCUUGACGACGUUGAAACUAUUGUAUUUGGGUCGAAAUCAGUUAACAGGAACUAUCCCUCUGUCUAUUGGAAAUCUGUCAUCUCUUGAGAUACUUCACCUGUCUCAAAACAAUCUGCAUGGAGUUAUACCUGAAUCCAUGGGCCAACUAAAGAAUUUGACUCUUUUCGGGCUCGGUGCUAAUCAAUUUUCAGGCAUCAUCCAUUCUUCAAUCUUUAAUCUCUCGUUGAUUCAAGAUCUAGAAGUGAGCAACAAUUAUUUAGAGGGAAGUCUUCCGGUGAGCUUAGGUGCGUCUCUUCCGAAUCUCCGCUUCUUUUCAAUUUUUAGAAACCGAUUCACUGGUUCCAUUCCAUCAUCACUUUCUAAUGCAUCAGAUUUGGAAACUUUUCAAAUAGGCAAUAAUAACUUCACUGGAAUUAUACCCUCUUUUGAAAAAAUGAAAAACCUGACAAACCUUUUGCUUGAUAACAACCAUUUUGGAAAUGGAGAUGAAGAUGACUUGAAGUUUCUGUAUGGCUUGACUAAUGCCUCUGCUUUAAGUGUAAUAAAUUUAAGCUCUAACAAAUUCGGAGGGAAGCUGCCUGAACAAAUUGCUAACCUUUCGAAGCAACUCGAAAUAUUUUCUAUCACGGACAACCAAAUACAUGGAACGAUCACAACUGGCAUAGAGUUUCUUGUUAACUUGAAUACUUUUUAUGCAUCAGAGAACAACCUGUCAGGUACUAUUCCUUUCAGCAUUGGAAAGCUCCGGAAUCUAGCAAAACUUUCGUUGUCCGGAAAUGGUUUUGUUGGAUCUAUUCCGUCCUCUUUAGGCAAUUUGACACAAUUGAUUGAAAUUUCUUUAUCUGACAAUCAACUUCAAGGUUAUAUCCCUCCAAGUUUAGGUAAUUGCAAACGGUUACUAGAAUUGAAUUUUUCCAAUAAUAAUCUUACCGGUUUCAUACCUAUACAAAUAUUUGAAAUCUCUUCAUUAUCAAAAAUACUUGAUUUAUCUACCAAUCGUUUGCAUGGUUCCAUUCCUAACCAAGUAGGAAACUUGAAACAAUUGGGAGCAUUAUAUCUUGAUAACAACAUGUUAUCAGGAAACAUUACUGGUGCUCUUGGCAGUUGCGUGAGUCUAGAGACGUUAUCCAUCAGUCGUAACUUCUUUCAAGGGUCGAUUCCUUAUUCUAUAAACACAUUGAAAGGCCUUCAGUUGUUGAAUCUUUCCUACAACAAUAUUUCAGGAAAGAUUCCAAGUUUCUUGACGAACUUUAAUUUAUUAGAGUUGGAUAUUUCGUAUAAUGAUUUUGAAGGCAUGGUGCCAGUUGAAGGAAUUUUCAAGAAUGCAGCUGCAACAUCAAUAGUUGGAAACAAGAGAUUGUGUGGUGGAAUAAGUGAAUUUGGCCUCCCUACAUGCAAAUCUGAUCACAAGCCGAAAAGUAAACAACGACGAAAUGUAGUAUUUAUAGUUUUAGUGUUGAUAGGAUUAUUAGCAUUAAUACUUGGUUGCUUGAUUCUCUGGUUUGCAAGAAAGAGUAGACAAAAUUCAGCGUCAUGCGAUUUUGAGAAUACUAAUUUACUGAGAUUGUCUUACCAAGAUCUCCUUAAAGCGACGAAUGAUUUUUCUUCAAAUAAUUUAAUUGGUGCGGGUGGAUUUGGGUCUGUAUAUAAAGGAAUUCUUGAGCAAGACGGACUUGUAAUUGCAGUGAAAGUGUUUAAUCUUACGCGUCGAGGAGCAUCAAAAAGUUUCCUAGCUGAAUGCGAAGUGUUAAGGAAUGUCAGACAUAAAAAUCUUGUCAAAGUACUCAGUGCUUGUUCUAGUGUUGAUAAUGACGGCAACAAUUUCAAAGCUUUGGUUUAUGAAUUCAUGGAUAACGGGAGCGUGGACGAUUGGCUGCAUCCAACUCAUCAUUCGAGAAAUUUAAACAUUGUUCAAAGGUUGAAUAUUGCGAUUGAUGUAGGUUGUGCUCUAGAGUAUCUUCAUUGUCAUUUUGAAAAACUACCCAUAGUUCAUUGUGAUCUAAAACCAAGCAACGUUCUUCUUGAUAAAGAAAUGACUGCACAUCUAAGUGACUUCGGGUUAGUCAAGUUCCUUCAUAAGAAGAUGAUUCAUUCUAUUCCAAAUGAGUCCAGCUCUCUUGCAGUUGUAGGAACUAUUGGUUAUUGCCCUCCAGAGUAUGGCAUGGCAAAUGUUGCUUCAACAUCGGGUGACAUAUUUAGCUUUGGCAUACUUUUGUUGGAGAUGUUCACCGGUAAGAGACCAGACGAUCACAUGUUUAAGGAGGGACUAAGCCUCCACAACUUUGUCAAAAGAGCUUUACCCGAACAAGUGAUAGAAAUUAUAGAUCCCGCUCUUCUCGAAAUGGAGGAAGAACCAUUGAUCCAUUUUUACUAUUCCACGAACAUGAUGAGAAAAAAUAGACUUAUUGAGUUCUUGAUUUCAAUAUUAGAUAUUGGAAUCUUAUGUUCUUCCGAAGCACCACAUGAACGCUUGAAUAUUAAUGAUGUUGUUACUCGACUCUCUUCUAUCAAAAACAAAUUACAAGUGCCAACAGGUUGAAUAUGAAUGGACAUGAAAUGCGAUCGAGUUGAUAAGAAGCAUACGAUAUUCAUGGAGUUACUGAAUAUUUUGGUUAGGAUAAUAAGCUAGACAUGUAAAAUGUAAAGCUUAUUAAUAAUCUUAUGUUAUUCUAAAAAUGUGAUCCUGUUAGAAACUCUGCAAUAAAAGGCUUAUGAUAGACAAGUUUAUGUACUGUCUUAUAUUCUAACAA